AUGUCUGCCCAAAUUUGUGCUAACGUAUAUUCGUCAGAAGGUGCCGUUUGCAAUCGCCAGGAACUUCCUGCUGUGUUUUCAGCACCAGUAAGAGCUGACUUGAUAAACCAUAUUCACACAAAUAUGGCUAAAAAUGCCAGACAACCAUAUGCUGUUUCUCCUAACUCGGGAUACCAACACAGUGCUGAGUCUUGGGGUACUGGUAGAGCUCUUGCUAGAAUUCCCAGAAUCAAGGGUAGCGGUACAAGUCGUUCCGGACAAGGUGCUUUCGGUAACAUGUGCCGCGAUGGAGGUAUGUAUGCGCCUACCAAGACCUACAGAAGAUGGCACAGAAAAAUCAGCAAGGCUGAAAAGAGAUAUGCUGUUGCCUCAGCGCUUGCUUGCUCCGCCAUGUCAUCGUUGGUACAAGCUAGAGGCCAUAAAGUUUCUCAAGUCAAGGAAUUUCCUUUGGUUGUCGAAACUCAAGCACUUGAAGGUUUAAAGAAGACUAAGGAAGCUGUCAGCCUUUUAAAGAAACUUGGUUGCGAGAAAGAACUUAAACGAAUCAUCGAAACCAGAACACUUAGAACUGGAAACAGCAGACUUAGGCACGGAAAGCGUAGAGUUAGAGUUGGUCCUUUGAUUGUCUACAGCGGCAAGACCGACAACAUGCUUGCUUUCAGAAAUAUUCCCGGUGUCGACAUUUGUCACGUCUCCAGACUUAACCUUAUUAAACUUGCUCCAGGUGGAGUUCCUGGCCGAUUUGUUAUUUUCUCUGAAGAAGCGAUGAAACAACUUAACGACGUUUACGCCAGCAAGAAAGAUUUCGUCAUUCCUUCCGGUUUAAUGACCAACCCAGACGUUGCUCGCAUUAUCAACUCUCAGGAAGUACAAGAAGUUCUACGACCCGCUAAGGAAGGCGCUUUGCCAAAGGUUGAAAACAAAAACCCACUUAAAAAUGAAAAGGCUCGUGAAACACUCGCCGUAGCUAAACUCUAA